AUGUUUACCGGUAUAGUGGAACACAUUGGCACUGUUGCUGAGUACUUGGAGAACGAUGCCAGCGAGGCAGGCGGCAACGGUGUGUCAGUCCUUAUCAAGGAUGCGGCUCCGAUACUGGCGGAUUGCCACAUCGGUGACUCGAUUGCAUGCAAUGGUAUCUGCCUGACGGUGACGGAGUUCACGGCCGAUAGCUUCAAGGUCGGGAUCGCACCAGAAACAGUUUAUCGGACGGAAGUCAGCAGCUGGAAAGCUGGCUCCAAGAUCAACCUAGAAAGGGCCAUCUCGGACGACAGGCGCUACGGCGGGCACUACGUGCAGGGCCACGUCGACUCGGUGGCCUCUAUUGUAUCCAGAGAGCACGACGGGAACUCUAUCAACUUUAAGUUUAAACUGCGCGAUCAAGAGUACGAGAAGUACGUAGUAGAAAAGGGUUUUGUGGCGAUCGACGGUGUGUCGCUGACUGUAAGCAAGAUGGAUCCAGAUGGCUGUUUCUACAUCUCGAUGAUUGCACACACGCAGACCGCUGUAGCCCUUCCACUGAAGCCGGACGGUGCCCUCGUGAACAUAGAAACGGAUGUUAACGGCAAGCUAGUAGAGAAGCAGGUUGCACAGUACCUGAAUGCGCAGCUGGAAGGUGAGAGCUCGCCAUUGCAGCGCGUGCUCGAAAGGAUUAUUGAAUCCAAGCUUGCUAGCAUCUCAAAUAAGUGA